GCGGGGCCGGGCAGCGGGCGCGGGGCCGGGCGGCGGGCGGGCCGCGCCGAGGGCGGGGCGGGGCCGGGCGCGCGGGGGCGGACCUCGGCGCGCUCCCGGCCGCUCGCUGGCGGUGGGGCCGCGGCGGCUCCUCUGCCGGGUCGCGCCGGAGGACGGGCUUCGGGCGGCGGCCCGGGCGGCCUGUGGACUGACCGGUGGGCCGAGGUGCAGGCCCCGCACCCGCCGUCUCCCCUCUUACCGGCCGCGGGCCCGCGCCAUGGCUGCUUCGCCCGGCUCGGGCAGCGCCAACCCGCGGAAGUUCAGCGAGAAGAUUGCGCUGCACACGCAGCGGCAGGCCGAGGAGACGCGGGCCUUCGAGCAGCUCAUGACCGACCUCACCCUGUCGCGGGUUCAAUUUCAGAAGCUUCAACAACUACGCCUUACACAGUACCACGGAGGGUCCUUACCCAACGUGAGCCAGCUGCGGAGCAGUGCCCCUGACUUUCAGCCGGCGUUCCACCCAGCUGACAGCGUGCGGGGAACCCGCCACCAUGGGCUGGUGGAGAGGCCAUCCCGGACCCGCUUCCACCCCCUCCACCGCCGGUCUGGAGACAAGCCAGGACGACAGUUUGAUGGUAGUGCGUUUGGAGCUACUUAUGCUUCGCAGCCCCUGGAUGAGAGCUGGCCGAGGCAGCAGCCUCCUUGGAAGGAAGAGAAGCACCCUGGGUUCCGGCUAACAUCUGCACUCAACAGGACCAAUUCUGAUUCUGCUCUUCACACAAGUGCUCUGAGCACCAAGGCCCAGGACCCCUAUGGAGGAGGGGGCCAGUCGGCCUGGCCCGCCUCAUACAUGGGUUUCUGUGAUGGUGAGAAUGAUGUCCACGGGGAAGGCGUGUCCUUCCCCAGCCCGUUGAAGGAAGAGAAUCUGUUAAAUGUUCCCAAGCCGCUGCCAAAACAGCUGUGGGAGACCAAGGAGAUCCAGUCCCUGUCAGGACGCCCUCGAUCCUGUGACGUUGGAGGUGGCAGUGCUUUUCCACACAACGGUCAAAACAUAGGCCUCUCACCCUUUCUGGGAACCCUAAACACUGGGGGAUCAUUGCCAGAUCUAACCAACCUCCACUACUCAGCACCCCUGCCAGCCUCCCUGGACACCAGUGACCACCUCUUUGGUAGUAUGAGUGUGGGGAAUAGUGUGGGCAACCUUCCUGCUGCCAUGACUCACCUGGGCAUAAGAAGCUCUUCUGGUCUCCAGAGUUCUCGAAGCAACCCUUCCAUCCAGGCCACGCUCAAUAAGACAGCGCUUUCCUCUUCCCUCAAUAGCCACCCACAGGCAUCCGCUCCCAGCGCCUCUGCCCUUCACCCUUCACUCCGCCUCUUCUCCCUCAGCAACCCAUCUCUUUCCACCACAAACCUGAGCGGCCCCUCUCGGCGUAGGCAGCCUCCUGUCAGCCCCCUCACACUUUCUCCUGGCCCUGAAGCACAUCAAGGUUUCAGCAGACAGCUCUCUUCAACCAGCCCACUGAACCCAUAUCCUGCCUCACAGAUGGCGUCCUCAGAUCGAAGUCCACUCUCCUUCCUGCCCACAGAAGCCCAAGCCCAGGUGUCCCCCCCACCCCCUUACCCCACACCCCAGGACCUCCCCCAGCCUCUGCUGCAGCAGCCCCGGGCCCAGGAGCCGCCUGCUCAGCAGCCCCAGGCAGCCUCCUCGCUGCCCCAGUCGGACUUCCAGCUCCUCCCAGCCCAGGGCUCAUCUUUGACCAGCUUCUUCCCAGAUGUGAGCUUCGACCAGCCGUCCAUGAGGCCAGGCCCAGCCUUCACUCAGCAGGUGCCCCUGGUACAACAAGGUGCCCGAGAGCCACAGGACUCCUUUCAUUUGAGACCAAACCUGUAUUCCAACUGCGGGAAUUUCCCAAACACCAGCCUGACAGAAGACUCGAGCACCAGCCUGUUCAAAGACCUCAGCAGUGCUCUGGCAGGCAUGCCCGAGGUCAGCCUGAACGUGGACACUCCAUUUCCACUGGAGGAAGAGCUCCAGAUCGAACCCCUGAGCCUGGACGGACUCAACAUGUUAAGUGAUUCCAGCAUGGGCCUGCUCGACCCGUCUGUGGAAGAGACGUUUCGAGCUGACCGACUGUGAACAGAAGGGAACCGAGCAGGAGAACUUAUUUCUGAAACAGCUAAAAUAGCACGGACUAGAACGGAGCCAGCAACACCCCUGGGCUUUAGGUAUCUUGGGCUUCUGACGUGGAAGGAACCAAUUGCCGGGCUCCCGGCUUGCAGGCGAGGUCCCUCUUGUUGGCUGCACCUUAUUCUAGGCCACAGAGCUGGGCGCCUGCCCUCAGGCCUGCGGCUUGGGUCCUAUGGCUGCAGGUGUGCUAUUCUGGGGCUUCCAAUGAAUCAGUUAUUACUGCAGUCAUUACAGCCUCUCGUUGACCAUCUAGUUGGUCACGUAAAAGUAGGAAAGAUAACCAGUGGGCUCAGUAGCACUGUGUAGUGCCCGGAACCACUGAUCUCCGUCAACACUGAAGCAAGGACCCGGAGCAGGGGACAGGCAGGGGUCACAGGCCCUGGGGAGUCAGCUCCGAAUCCAGCAGCAGUACCACCGCCCCACGAUGCCUCCUCUGACCCAGCCGUUGUGCCUCAGCACCGCUGGGCAGUGGCAAGCUGUUCCAGGGCAGGGCAGAGGGCCAGGGCUCUCCCAGAGGACUCGGUUCCAACACCAAGAAGGAUUUUUACCCCAAGUCCAAAGACAGGCUUGAGUUAAGCAAACUGAAUUCUAAUUUGUCUCCUCCCGGUUUGCAAUCUCUUUUCUGCUGCUUCAGUACACUUUUUCCUAUGGACAAGAGGAAAAGGAAGACUAUUUUAUUCAGUCACUGAAGAAAAAAAAAAAAAAUCCCCUGGUCCCAGAUGAACCUGAAGAGAACAGUGCUUCUUGGUGGCUGGGGAAGAGAGAGGGGGCUACAGUUGUCUCACAGGCACACGCCAUCCUCCGACAGCUCCAGACAGACAGGCCUCCUCUCCACAGACCAGCUGGAGGAAGCGGCUGGGGCUCUAAAUCUGACCUCCCCGGCCCCCAGCAGCUGAGCAGCAGCGGAGGGAAGCUGUUUCUCUGUGGAAUGGAAGUGUGAAUGUCACCCCACCAGACCUAAGCUCCUCGAGGGCAGGGCCUGUGCCUUAUUCCUCCCCAAGACCUAACAAGUGCCUGGCACCGAGCAGGUGCUACAGAACUGUGCCCUGCACACACAUGCACGCACGCACACAUGAAUGAGUGGCGCCGGAAUGAGUGAGCCUACCUUGCUGUAGGCAGUCUAGUUUUCACUGUCCUAGUCCUUACCAGAUCUCUCGGAGCUUCAGCGUUUCUAACACUCAUGCCUGUGGUUAAGCAUGCACUUUAAUAUGCUUUUAACACUAGGUGACCAGAUCUCCAGUUACUGCACGCACACCCUGUCGUCCUUGAGAGUAUGCAGGUAUAGGUGGAACCUGUCUUCUGAGUGCAUCCAGAAUAGCUGAGCAAACCGAGGCUGCCCACGUGCCAGGACCUCAGGAGUCCUAGCCACUGCAAAAGACCCUCCCUCUCAGACCUGUGUUUUGCUUUGGAAGAGAUCCCUUCUAGGAAUUCCCACUGUGGCUCAGGAUGCUUAAGGACUCAGGUUCAAUCCCUGGCCUCGCUUAGUGGGUUAAGGAUCCGGCGUUGCCGUGAGCUGUGGUGUAGGUCGCAGACACGGCUCGGAUCUGGUGUUGCUGUGGCUGUGGCGUAGGCUGGUGGCUGCAGCUCUGAUUAGACCCCUAGCCUGGGAAACUCCAUAUGCCGUGGGAGUGGCCCUAAAAAGACAAAAGAGAGAGGUCCCUUCUCUGAAGUUGCAGAGAGUCUAGAAUAAAAUGAAGGCCUCAGUGAUGACACCAUCGCUAAUAAUCAGUACCUUAGCAUAAAGUGGUAUUGCUGGAUUUCCACCAUUGCCUGCCUCGUCUAACUUAGUCUAUGCUGGCCCCUAACUCCCUAAUGGGUGGGUUUGAAGGCCCUGGGGGAGGAGUCUGGGCAGGCCUGGGAAGACAGGACAGGGGUGGGGAGGGCAGGCACAUGGAAGGAGAGAGAGAUGCCAGAGCCUUGGCCCUGACAGCCCUGCCCUUCCAGGAGGCACCAGGGUUGUUGCCAGGGGUAGGGGCGCUCCAGAUGGCUCCCCCCAGAGAAGCAAGGCCGUGCCCCAUAGCUCUGAAUCUGGCAGGUGUGCCUGGCAGUAGGAGGGCUCUGUCACAGGAUCCUGGGCUGUUACCCUUCCAGACCCUGUCCUAGUUCCUUCUGUCUUCAAGGGGGAGUCCCUUCCCUCCAGUCUCUAGAUAACCUGAGGGUCAGCACUCCAUUUUCACUGUGAAGCCCAAGUCUUCCUGCCUCGCAUUCGCCUGAACCACCCCCCCGCCUCCCUGGCUAAUGAAUCAGGAAGUCAAGACAGAGCCCUCCUGCCUGAGCUCUGGCUCGGGGUUGGGGGGGCCGGAGGCAGUGGGUCACCCCUUUAAAGCCUCACUUCCAGUUAAACUUCCAGAUGCCUUUAUAUCUGACAUCGCGGAGCCAGUAACGUGCUGUUAAAGUAAAAGGGCCUCUCAUUCCGUACAGCGCCCGGUGUGCUGAAAGAGGCUGAAGCCUGGCUGCCUUUCCUGUGUCAGAGGCCCCCCAAAUCUGAUUUGGCCUCAUCGACAGGGAGCAGUGCUGAUGCUGUGAAGGUUUUUGAAAAAAGAAGGUCCCAGGAUAACCUGCUCUUUACACAAUGCCUUACCCAUGGGGAUUGCUGGUGUCAGGGCCCCAACUCCCUCUACACAGCAGCCCGGCCUCACAGCUGGAGACCCCGAAACCUACAGGACAAAGAGCGCUCCCCCUCGGCCUUCGCCAGGGACUCGUGGAAAUGGAGGCUCCCAGGAAAAGUGACUUGUGUGUGGAGUAUGAUGAUGACAAUAAGGCUUAGCACUGAACUCAGUUUGUCCUUAGGUCCAUCCGUCCCUUGUUGUCCUGUGAAAAGGUUUUAUACAUUAUGCAUUAUUCAGCCCACCUUACUUACAUGGUGUCGCCCUGACCUUCAGUGGGCAAAUCUGUGCUCACUGCUGUCUUUGCAACAAACCAGGUGUCCUUUGUGUGGGAAGUGGCUGCAGACUUCAUGGUAAACUAUGUUUUCAAUAUUUAGUUUUUCACAAGAACUUGACCGUUGUAUUGCUCUCAUUUACUAGCAGUUAAACAGCAUAGACUAAACACCUCUCUGUGUGUUUUUUUUUCCCCCUUCUGUACGGUUGUGGCUUUUAGAACACGCGGUGUCAGGAGAAACUUGAUGUCAAGGUCAAUAUGAAUUCUUCUCUGUCGUGUUUCAUUUCUCCUAAGUCUGCUGUAUAUUACCUGAGCGGAAAUGUUGUGUAUUCCAGUCCAUUUGCAUAUUUGAAGCCGUUUCCAACUCUGACUCUGAUCGUCUCUUCUGAUUCACACAUAGACGGUUCCGAGCAUGUUUCUUCCACUGCUUCGUGAUGGAACCAUCACAGCAACUAAUCAGACUUCCCGCCAGUGUCCUAGUUCCCAGGUCCCCCUUGUUAAACAAUAUUUAAAGAUUGGAAUUUGUAUAAAGUAGCUUCCAAGUUUUAUAAUGCAUCAUUUUACAUCUUUCAUAAUUAAAAGCAGCACAAUAAGCUUG